AUGCCGUCCGCCGGGAUCGCCGGUCCGUCGGUGGUGUUGCUGCUACUGCUGAUUCUAGCUGUAGUUGGUGGCAGUCGCGCUUUCAGCUCUCGCUCCCCAGAAUGUUCGUUUCCAUCGCGAUGGGAGGGCACGUGGUUUCAAAGCGGCGUCCGCCAAUCGAUUCUCAUAUCGAAGAACAUCCUCUCCAGCAAAGGAACCUGCCUCCACAACGAGGGCGACAAGUUUCUCCUGGUCGACGAGAAAUCCUGCUACCGGUGCGUCGUCAUUCACGAGAAGCACCCCAAUGUUCUGCAGUACAAAGAAACAUACUGUCACGGUCGAAGCAGCCUGUCUUCACUGUGCUCUUACAUAACUGGCGACGCCCUGCUCUUUUCGAUGUUUCGGGAGGAGGCUACCUCAGUUGCGUGUCCCUUUCACGGGCCCAUGACCUUCACGUACAACCGUGGACAUGGGAGGUGCUCGACUCCCGUGAGCAACGUCGACGCCUGCACAGACGAGAGCCGGCUGCUCUUUAGGUACCAGGCCUGCCCCGACGUCUACGCAUCCGAGAGCACAGUCGAGGAGCUCGAGUGCCUGGCGACGUGGAAAGAGGGGAGCAAUCGCUACCUGGUCGGCCGGCUGCACAACGGCCACUCCCUGAGCAACGAGGAGCGCUACAGGUGCUUCGUGUACGAACGGGCUGGGCAGAGCGUCGCUGGUCCCAACAGGGCAGCCGCCGCGGCCCUUGGCAUAGCCACCGUUCUCGACCACGAGAUCUUGGCCUCGGCCCCCGCUCGGCCCGUCCCCGAGGGCACGCCCGAGCUCUACAAGGUCGCCCAGAGCGGCGACGCCACCUGCAACGGGCUCUUCAGUCCCCUCGAGGGCUCUAGAACCAUGACCCUCACCAAGGUCUCGUCACCCGGCAAAUGUUGGUUCCCCACGUGGCUGACGGGCAAAACGAGCCUGACCUGGCACACGCUGGACCUAACGCGCUCCUACACCUUUCACAUGAGCAACGCGUCCCUUCAGACCGCGAGGUCCAACGGGAGCGCGAGGAGCUCGGAGAACCCGGACUUUUUAAACUUGCCCGGCCAGGAGGAGCACAGCGUCAAGAUACUCUGCAACAGCGUCAAGGUGGCCAACGUCGAGCAAAACAUCUUCAUGAUUGUCGCCCACUUCACGGUCGGCUGCCAAAGCGGCUACAUGUGCAUGGCCUUUUACAAGAGGGACGGCCACGUGGUCGAGCUGCAAACAGGAAGCACCGUGUCCAGGGCAGAAGAGGCCUGUAGCCCGCCCCACUACCAGCAGCACAGCGUGCCCUACGUCACCCUCGUCACUAGUGCACCGGAGACGCGCCAGUGUCCCUACCUCGGGAAAUUCACUGUAACCGGCGUAAACCGAAACAACAACGACGAAGACGCAGGCAGGGCGGCAAAGGGCCGCGGUGCCGACAGACAGGCCGCGGGAGACCGGCAUGGCCAAGAGCGAGGUAGAAUCGAGUUCGACGUGGAAAAGCGUCGGGGCAGCGUCCGGUACUUUGUGCACGAGCAGCAGGGUCGCAGAGCUAGGUCCGAGGUAGCCGAGCAGCGGCGCAACCAGGACGAUCCCGAGGAAGAUCGGCUGAUCGAGGAGGAGCUGCUGAUGCUGCUGCGCCGUACCGAUUCCGUGGAGGACCGGUCGCGUCGACACGCGUCGCCGGAAUUGGAAUUACCGAGCGGCAGAGGAGGACCGGAGGCGACACCGGAAAAACCCACGAACGAGAGGGACUUGCCUGCAGCGGAGCCACCCCGGAGGAGGCGCUCCCAUUACGAAUUCUCCAGGUUGCUCGGCUUUCGAGAUCUGGUGCGCCUCGAUCGACAACUGCCAGAUGAGGAGGUCGACGACGACGACGACGAGGAGGAGGGUGAUGAUUAUCUGGUGUACGACGAGGGCGACCGGAGGAGGAGAAGGAAAAAGCGGGACGGGGGACCCGAGCAGCCGACCGGCAGCUGCGACUCUGAGAUAACGACGCUGACCGUCGGCUGCUCGACUGCCGAUCGAAUGGAGUUUCAGAGCGACUGCGUUGACGAGGAAUUCGUCACAGCUUACUCGUGCCACGGGCGCUGGUUCGAUGCCGAGGGUACACAGUUUGUGAUAGCGACGCCACUGUCGCGUCGCGGCAGCCAGUCAUCAUCGUCCACAUGGAGCGGCCCCGAUGGCUCGAGGGCCCAGCCCUACAGGAACAGUCGCAGGCUAUGCUUCAUGUACCGCGAGAACGGGGGUGUCGUCAGUCUCACGGCCAGCCCGAUAGCCUGUCAGAGGGGCGUCCCGCUCCCACCGCCUCUCCUCGCCUUCAACGCGACGAGUAUCGGCCAGUGCAUGGACGCCGCGAGUAGUCUGGACAACGGCCCGUUUCGACUGAUCCUGCCGGCGAUGCUGCUACUGUUACUAGCCGCAACGAGGUGAUUCUAAAUCCGCGGACAGGGCCGACGUUUCAUGGCUGCCCCCGAUGUGCACGAGAGAGGACACCUCGGGCGCUGUCCGGGAGGAGGAAUAACU